AUGACUGGUGCUUUCACUCCAAACCCAAACAACUCUUCUCUAAGACCUUUAACUUUAUCCCAUGGUUCAAUUGAACAUACUUUAUUAGUUCCAACUAAUUUAUUAUUCCCAGCUUCUCAAUUAAAAGAACAAUUUGAAAAACAAUUACCUCAAGUUACUGAAGGUUUUGCUGAUGAAGAUGAACCAAGUUCUCCAACUGAAUUAUUGGCUAGAUUCUUGGGUUAUAUUUCAAAUCUAGUUGAUCCAAAUUUAUCUGGUCAAUUUGAUCAAGUUUUAUUAUUAGUGCUAAGUGAAUUUGAAACAAGAUUUUUAAAUGGUCAUGAUAUUCAUACUUUAGCUUCAAAUUUAGUUAAAACUGAAGAUUAUCCAACCACUCUAGAUAAAGCUAAAUUAGUGGUUAAAGAUUACUUUAACGCAAGAAUCGUGGCUAAAAAACCUUUUAAAAAAACUGAUUCUGCUUUAUUUAGAUCUGUUUUAAAUGAUGAAGCUAAAAUCGUGGCAAUUUUUGGUGGUCAAGGUAAUACUGAUGAUUAUUUUGAAGAAUUGAGAGAUUUAUACAACAUUUAUAAUGGUUUAGUUGCAGAUGUUAUUAAAGCUGCUGCUGAUAAAUUAAACUCUUUAGUUAGAUCAACUAAUGAUACUGAAAGAGUUUAUACCCAAGGUUUUGAUUUAAUUAAUUGGUUGGAACAUCCUGAAAAAACACCAAGUAAUGAAUAUUUAUUAUCAAUCCCAGUUUCUUGUCCUUUAAUUUGUGUUAUUCAAUUGGCUCAUUAUGCCGUCACUGCAAGAGUUUUAGGUUAUACUCCUGGUGAAUUGAGAGAUUUAUUAUCUGGUGCCACUGGCCAUUCUCAAGGUUUAACCACUGCUUUAGCCAUUGCUGAAGCUGAUUCAUGGGAUUCAUUCUUUGUUUCAUUAGCUAAAUCUGUCACCUUUUUAUUCUUUAUUGGUGUUCGUUGUUAUCAAGUUUAUCCAAAUACUGCAUUAUCUCCAUCAAUUUUACAAGAUUCUGAUGAAAAUGGUGAAGGUGCUCCUUAUCCAAUGUUGUCUGUUAGAGAUUUAUCAAAAGAACAAGUUCAAAAUUUCGUUGAUCAAACUAAUAAUCAUUUACCAAAAGAGAAACAUAUUGCUAUUUCUUUAGUUAAUGGUGCUAGAAAUUUAGUUGUUAGUGGUCCUCCACAAUCUUUAUAUGGGUUGAAUUUAACUUUGAGAAAGGCUAAAGCUCCAGCAGGUUUAGAUCAAGCUAGAAUCCCAUUUUCUGAAAGAAAAUUGAAAUUUUCAAAUAGAUUUUUACCAAUCACUUCUCCAUUCCAUUCUCAUUUAUUAAAUGAUGCUACUGAUUUAGUUAAAGAUGAUUUAGCUAAAGAAGGUUUGGAAUUCAAACAAUCUGAUUUGAAAUUACCAGUUUAUGAUACUUUUGAUGGUAAAGAUUUACGUGAAUUUAACGGUUCAGUUAUUAAUAGAUUGGCUUUAUUGAUUACCACAUUACCAGUUAAUUGGGAAACUGCUACCCAAUUUCAAGCUACUCAUAUCUUGGAUUUCGGUCCAGGUGGUGCUUCAGGUCUUGGUGUUUUAACUCAUCGUAAUAAAGAUGGUACUGGUGUUCGUGUCAUUAUUGCAGGUGUCUUGGAUAAUAACAUUGAUGAUGAAUAUGGGUUUAAACAAGAAUUAUUUGAUUUCAAUGAUAAUGUCAAAUAUGCACCAAAUUGGUUGGUUGAAUAUCAACCAAAAUUAGUCAAGACUGAAAAUGGUAAAACUUAUGUUGAUACUAAAUUUUCAAGAUUAUUGGGUAAAGCUCCAAUCUUGGUUCCAGGUAUGACUCCAACUACUGUUCAUCCAGAUUUUGUUGCUGCAACUUUAAAUGCUGGUUAUCAUAUUGAAAUUGCAGGUGGUGGUUAUUUUGAUCCAAAGACUUUCCAAAAUGCCUUGCAAAAAGUUGUUGAUCAAGUUGCUCCAGGUACUGGUAUUGGUAUUAAUUUGAUUUAUGUUAAUCCAAGAAUGUUACAAUGGGGGAUUCCUUUAAUCAAACAAUUGAGAGAAAAAGGUUUCCCAAUCCAAUCUUUAACCAUUGGCGCUGGUGUUCCUUCAUUAGAAGUUGCCACUGAAUAUAUUGAAGAAUUAGGUUUAACCCAUCUAGGUUUGAAACCAGGUUCAAUUGAUUCUAUUUCUCAAGCUAUUGGUAUUGCUAAAGCUCAUCCAAACUUCCCAAUUGUUUUACAAUGGACUGGUGGUAGAGGUGGUGGUCAUCAUUCUUUUGAAGAUUUCCAUCAACCAAUUUUGCAAAUGUAUUCCAAGAUUAGAAGAUGUCCAAACAUUUCUUUAAUUGCAGGUUCUGGGUUUGGUAGUGCUGAUGACACUUAUCCAUACUUGACUGGUGAAUGGUCAACUAGAUUCAAUUAUCCUCCAAUGCCAUUUGAUGGUAUCUUGACCGGUUCAAGAGUUAUGGUUGCUAAGGAAGCCUUCACUUCUCCAGCUGCUAAACAGGCUAUUGCUGAUGCAACAGGUGUUUCUGAUGAUAAAUGGGAACAAACUUAUAAAAAACCAACUGGUGGUAUCAUUACUGUCAGAUCUGAAAUGGGUGAACCAAUUCAUAAAUUGGCCACUAGAGGUGUUUUAUUAUGGCAAGAAAUGGAUAAUACUAUUUUCAACUUACCAAAGAAUAAAUUACAAGAUGCUUUGGAUAAGAAGAAGGAUUAUAUUAUCAAGAAAUUAAAUGCUGAUUUCCAAAAACCUUGGUUUGCCACUGUUGAUGGUCAAGUUUUCGACUUACAAGAUUUAACUUAUGAACAAAUUGCUAAAAGAUUAGUUGAAUUAUGUUAUGUUCAAACUUCCAAGAGAUGGAUUGAUGUUACUUUACGUAACCUUGUUGGUAAAUUCUUGCAUCGUGUUGAAGAACGUUUUGCCACAAAGCAAACCAAUUCUGUCUUGUCAAGUUUUAAUGUUUUGGAAACUCCAGAAACUGGUGUUGAAUUAGUUUUCAAUGCUUAUCCAGAAGCUAGAAAACAAUUGGUUAAUGAACAAGAUGUUGAUUAUUUCCUAUUAUUGUGUCAAAACCCAGCUCAAAAACCUGUUCCAUUUGUUCCAGUCUUGGAUUCAAGAUUUGAAGUUUUCUUUAAAAAAGAUUCCUUAUGGCAAUCUGAAGAUUUAGAAGCUGUUGUUGAUCAAGAUGUUGGUAGAACUUGUAUCUUACAUGGUCCAGUUGCUGCUCAAUUUACAAACAAGGUUGAUGAACCUGUUCAAGAAAUUUUGGAUGGUAUUCAUGAAGGUCAUAUUCAAAAAUUAUUGAAGGAUGCUUAUGGAUCUGAUGAAUCUAAAGUUCCAGUUGUUGAAUACUUUGGUGGUGAAGAACCAACUCAAGUUAAAUAUGAUCAUGUUGAAUCUGGUAACAAGAUUAUUUAUCAAGCAAAUGCUUCAACUGAUGAAUCCAAAUGGUUUAAAUUAUUAGCUGGACCAAAACGUUCUUGGAGACAUGCUUUCAUCUCAACUAGACGUGUUGUUCAAGGUUCAAACUUUGUUGCUAACCCAGCUAGAAAAGUUUUAGCCCCAGCUAAAGGUGUUGUUGUGGAGAUUGAAUAUCCAAAUGAUCCAUCAAAAACUGUCAUUACUGUUUCUGAACCAAUCCAAGGUACUGUUAAACCAGUUGUUUCUUUGAAAGCUUUAGAUUCAAACACUAUUCAAUUAUCUUUGAUUGAACAUAGAAAUGUCACUAAAGAAGCUGUUUCGUUACCAUUAUUGUACAAAUUUAACCCUCAAGAUGGGUUUGCACCAAUUUUGGAAAUCACUGAAAACAGAAAUGACCGUAUUAAAGAAUUUUACUGGAAAUUAUGGUUUACUGAAAAAUUUGAUUUGGAUAUUGAUGUUCAUAAACCAAUUGUUGAUUCUGAAACUACUAUUACUGGUCAAGCUAUUGCUGAAUUCACUCAUGCUAUUGGUAACAAAGGUGAAGAUUUUGUUGCAAGACCAGGUAGAAAAACUUUGGCUCCAAUGGAUUUUGCUAUUGUUGUUGGUUGGAAAGCUAUUAUUAAAGCUAUCUUCCCAAAAACUGUUGAUGGUGAUUUAUUAAGAUUGGUUCAUUUAUCAAAUGGUUAUAAAAUGUUGCCAGGUGCUUCUCCAUUAGCUAAAGAUGAUGUUGUUUCUGCUUCUGCUGAAAUUAGAUCUGUUUUGAAUCAAGAUUCUGGUAAGAUUGUUGAAGUUGUUGGUACCAUUCAUAGAGAUGGUAAACCAGUUAUGGAAGUUUUGUCAUCAUUCUUGUAUCGUGGUGAUUAUGAAGAUUUUGAAAACACUUUUAGUAAAACAACUGAAGCUCCUUUCCAAUUACACAUCAAAUCUGCUAAAGAUAUUGCUGUUUUGAAAUCAAAAGAAUGGUUUAAUUUGGAAAGUGAAAUCAACUUGUUGAACCAAACAUUAACUUUUGAAAUUGAAACUGAAGUGACCUACAAAAACAAAACCAUUUUCAACUCUGUUCAAUCUUAUGGUAAAGUUUUGUUGGAAUUACCAAGUAAAGAAAUCAUUCAAGUUGGUACUGUUGAAUAUGAAGCUGGUCAAUCUCAUGGUAACCCAGUUAUUGAUUACUUGACUAGAAAUGGUUCAGCUAUUGAACAAAAAGUUAAAUUUGAAAACAACAUUCCAAUUGCUACCCUUGAAAGUCGUGCUCCAGGUACCAAUGAACCAUAUGCUGUUGUUUCUGGUGAUUACAAUCCAAUUCACGUUUCUCGUGUUUUCUCCAAAUAUGCCAACUUACCAGGUACUAUUACUCAUGGUAUGUACUCAAGUGCUGCUGUUCGUGCUUUAGUUGAAAGUUGGGCUGCUGAUUCAGUUUCUUCAAGAGUUCGUGCUUUCAAUGUUCAAUUUGCUGGUAUGGUUUUACCAAAUAAUACUUUAACUACUCGUUUGGAACAUGUUGGUAUGAUUAAUGGUCGUAAGAUUAUUAAAGUUGAAACCAGAAAUGAAGAAGAUUUGCCAGUUUUAGUUGGUGAAGCUGAAAUUGAUCAACCAGUUUCUACUUUUGUUUUCACUGGUCAAGGUUCCCAAGAACAAGGUAUGGGUAUGGACUUGUAUGAAAAAUCUGAAGUUGCUCGUCAAGUUUGGGAUAGAGCUGAUAGCCAUUUCUUGGAUACUUAUGGUUUCUCCAUUAUUGAUAUUGUUAAAAACAAUCCAAGUGAAUUAACUGUUCAUUUUGGUGGUGAAAAAGGUAGAAAGAUCAAAUUGAAUUAUACUCAAAUGACUUUUGAAACUAUUGUUGAUGGUAAGAUUGUUUCUGAAAAAAUCUUCAAAGACAUUGAUGAAAAGACAACUUCAUUUACUUUCAAGAACCCAGGUGGUUUAAUUUCUGCUACUCAAUUUACUCAACCAGCUUUAACUUUAAUGGAAAAAGCCUCAUUUGAAGAUUUGAAAUCUAAAGGUUUAAUCCCAGCUGAUUGUAUCUUUGCUGGUCAUUCAUUAGGUGAAUAUGCUUCAUUAGCUUCAUUAGCUGAAGUUAUGUCAAUUGAAUCAUUAGUUGAAAUUGUUUUCUACAGAGGUAUGACCAUGCAAGUUGCAGUUCCAAGAGAUGAACAAGGUAGAUCCAACUAUGGUAUGAUUGCUGUUAACCCAAGUAGAGUUUCAGGUACUUUUACUCAAGAUGCUUUGAAAUUUGUUGUUGAUCGUGUUGGUAAACAAACAACUUGGUUAUGUGAAAUUGUUAACUACAAUGUUGAAAAUCAACAAUAUGUUGCAGCUGGUGAUUUACGUGCAUUAGAUACAUUGGGUAAUGUUUUGAACUUUAUCAAAUUACAAAAAAUUGAUAUUGUCAAAUUACAAGAACAAUUAUCAUUAGAAAAAGUUGAAGAACAUUUGAAUGAAAUCAUUGAUGAAGUUUCCAAAAAAUCAUUAGCUAAAGCUCAACCAAUUGAUUUAGAAAGAGGUUUUGCUACUAUUCCAUUACGUGGUAUCUCAGUUCCAUUCCAUUCAUCAUAUUUGAGAAAUGGUGUUAAACCAUUCAAAGCAUUCUUGGAAAAGAACAUUUUGAAAGAAAAUGUCAAGACUGAUAGAUUGAUUGGUAAAUAUAUUCCAAACUUGACUGCUAAACCAUUCCAAGUUACUAAAGAAUACUUCCAAGAUGUUUAUGAAUUGACACAUUCUGAAAAGAUUAAAGAUGUCCUUGACAACUGGGAAAAAUAUCAAAAAUGA